UAGCGAGCGCAGUUACAGCGGGUCUCCUGCCGCCAAAGCCUCAAGAACCCCAGAUUUCAGCUCCCCAAGCCUGGAAGCCCUCCAGUUCUUCGUGGCCCCCAACAGCUCCGGAACCCCAGCCGCUGCAACUCUCCGCGUCCGAGAUCCAGCACCCCGCAGUCUGCGCUCGCACCAUGCAGCUAAAGUGUCCCUGUUUUGCGUCCUUGGGGACCAGGCAGCCUGUUUGGAAGAAGCUCCAUCUUUCUAGCGGGUUCCUUUCUGGUCUUGGUCUGUUCUUGGUGCUGUUUAGCAGCCUCCGUGCCGAGACUGAAGUUAAGGAAAUCCAUGCAAUGGUGGGCAGCGAUGUGGAGCUCGGAUGCAUUGACCCCCACAAACGCCAUUUCAACUUGAGUGGUCUGUAUGUCUAUUGGCAAAUCGAAAACCUAAAAGCUGCAGUGACUUACUACCUGCCUUACAAGUCUCCAGGGAUCGAUGUGAACAGUUCCUACAAGAACAGAGGCCAUCUGUCCCUGGACUGCAUGAAGCAGGGUGACUUUUCUCUGUACCUGAAGAAUGUCACCCCUCAGGAUACCCAGGAGUUCACAUGCCGGGUAUUUAUGAAUACAGCCACAGAGUUAGUCAAGAUCUUGGAAGAGGUGGUCAGGCUACGUGUGGCAGCGAACUUCAGUACACCUGUCAUCAGCACCUCUGGUAGUUCUGACCCUGGCCAGGAACUUACCUACACCUGCAUGUCCAAGAAUGGCUACCCAAAGCCCAACCUGUAUUGGAUCAACACAACGGACAAUAGCCUAAUAGACACCGCCCUGCAGAAUAACACUGUCUACUUGAACGAGUGGGGCCUGUAUGAUGUAAUCAGCACAUUAAGGCUACCUUGGACAUCUGGUAGGGAUGUUCUCUGCUGCGUAGAGAAUGUGGCUCUCCACCAGAACAUCACCAGCAUCAGCCAGGCAGAAAGUUUCACUGGAAACAUGAACACAACGAACCCACAGGAAACCCACAACAAGGGGAUAAAAGUCCUUUUGGCUGUCCUUGCUGUACUACUGGUGGCAGUGGCUGUAGUUUCCUUUAUCAAGUACAGACACAGGCAUCCCCACCGAAGCUAUACAGGACCCAGGACUGUAGAGCUUGAACUCACAGAUGAGUCUGCCUGCAGGGAGAAGCCAGUUGGCUGAGCUGUCAUGGCCUUUCACACCUUCAGUUGGUAGUUUUCCAUACCUGAGGAUCCCCGAGAUGCAGAAACCCUGUCCUGUGGUGGAAACUUCUGGACCCUGUAUAGCAGACAGCCUGUCGUAGGUCCCUGUGCCCCUCCUGCCUCUACUCUGCAGGACCCCGUAGACUCUGGCAGCCCAGAGUCCCCUUGGUGGAAGUGUAUACUCUAUAGUUUCAAGAACAGUUGCAGGUGGAUUCCGUAGUCUCCAGAGGUGUGGAUUCAUAUCUCGAUCAUCCGCAGAGGUAUUGGUUGACCACCGGGAGAUAUCCCUCGCUUUAAGUAUUAUUACUACCUCAAAGUGACUGUGCCUUCCCAAACCCGGCUUUUCCACGUUAGAGAUGGUAGUACGUCUGGUCCCCUUGGUGCAGUGGGGCCUGUUUGCUGAUACCCGCUGCCCCACUCCAGUGAACAAGCUAGUGUCAGGCCACUUUGGAGCCUGAGUUCUGGGCCACCUGGUCCUAACCCAGUCAUGUGACUGCAAUAGCCAGCUGCUUCUAGAUUUUAGUCCCUUUUCCUUCACCAGUCUGAGUCCCGGGAAGAAUCAUUUCAUUGUCUCCAAAAUUAAAACACUGAGCAUGGUUCGGUGACAUGAGCUUGCCUGGCAGGCAUGAGGCGGCAGGGCCUGUCUUCACCUUCUUCUCUCUUCCAAGAUCACGCCUGACAGGACUCUGCCCAGGAUCUAGACAGGGUUUCUGUGAGUUGCCACCAAGUGGAUGUCAGACACAGCUUCAGAGUAGACUCCUCACAGGCCUGGUGACAGAGGACAAUGAGCUGUCUGCUUAUGGUCUGUGAUGGAGGCCAGGAAUCCCUGGCUUUACAAGGGACAGAGACUUGAUCCCAGAAACCCCGAGGGAGAUCUCUCCAGUGGGCAGCAGCAACAUCAUCGGAAUAUGGAGCCUCCAGUGAGCUGUCGGCACAGAGAGGAGCAGCUCAUGAGCAGUUCCUUCCCUGGCAUGUGACUACUCAGUCCCAGGAGCUUUAUAAAAGAGCAUUUGAGCCACUCUGAAAGCCCUACAGAGUCUACUGGAGACUUUCCCUGCAGGACCUUCAGUGGGGGAGGAAGCCUGACUUUAUUUAGGUCUCAAGCUACUUGGGCCUCCUAGAGGAUAUGUGAGAUUUUGUCUACAGCAAAACUGUUGCUGGCUGAUAAGGGUUGGGCUCAGAGGUUUGGGGCACUCGGCUUCACAACAUCAAUGGGACACGCCUCAAAGCAAAAUAUGUCCCAUGUGCCACAUACGGGUGCUUCUCCCUCAUCACUGACUGAACAGAAAACAGGAGGACAGCUCCACCCAGUCUCAGCAGCCCAUGAAGACCUCAUCUCCGGCCUCCUGGGUCUCCACGUUGCUGGCCAGAGUCAAGCUAGCUCUUUUGUUUCAAGAUGGUUCUGCAAAGUUGGCUGCCUGGAAACCUAGGGAUGUAUGUGCAAACUCCAGGCUGAUGCAGCAAGGGGCACGGACUCCCCGAUGGAACACAGCAUCUGACCCUAGUUGAGGGCAAGCACCUUCCCACGCAGAGGCCUGGAAAUUCUGGCCCGUCAGGGCCUGUCUGCUGUGUGGCUGGGGCUCAGUGCUGAUGGAUGUGUGAGAACUCGGGAAUGAGGAGUGAGGACCCUGGGCUCAGGCUCAAGGGGACCAGGACUAGGAAGACCUGUCCAAUUUUUUUUUUUUAUGCCCACAUGGACUUUUUAUUCUUCACACUGACUUAUUCAAUGAGUGUAGAGAGAGAACCACUUAAGUUCUUCCCACAAACAAAGCAUUACUUACCUGUAGAAUAGCAACUGUUGUAACGGGUCUUGAGUUGGCAGCUACGGCAAACAAGCACAAGGAGCAGUUGAGGUGCAAGAAGAUGGGGUCCAGUGCCCCCAAGGACAGACGUUUGGGAAUUAGUGGUCUCCCCGAGGCCCAUAGUUCCCCAGGAACUCAGGUGGGUCUGUGGCAGCCCAGUAGGGAUAUCCCUCUUUAACUUUCCUUGUCAGAGGUAGUUUAUGGUCAGAAAGAGGUCAACUCAGCAAGCCAGCCUUGGGGCACCAGACACACUGCCCCCUCCACCCCACCCCUGCUUAUGUAGGCACUGGGAACCCUUCACAGGCCACUGGCUGUACAGUCACCAUCACCUGCUGAUUCCAGCAGCCCCCCACCUUCCUGUGGACUCCUGGGAGCAUCCCCCCUCACCCCUCACUGCCCCCCCAGCACAUCAGCAUUCAUUAGACUUGCCCUGUAACCUCUGACUCCUCCUUUAUCUGGGUUGUAGAUGGGGCA